AUGGCGCAAACGCAGAAGAUCCGCGACGGAGAACGAGUGAAAGCGCAAGAAUAUGCGAUAAAAGAGCGUAAGCUGAGACGGAAACGACGUCGGUCGAGUAUCAAAAACGAGAGUGGGAUGGUCCGUCUUGUCGAGUCCGAGUUCGAAUUCGAGACGGAAGAAGGAGAUUGGAAGAAGAAGAUGAAGAAGAGGAGGAAGAAGAAGAAGAAGACGAAGACGAAGAUGAAGAAGACGUCAAGGAGCGGCGACGAUGAAGGCGAAGGAGAGGCGAAGAAAGACGAAAAAAGGCGAAAGGAAGAAGCGAAGAAAGCGAAGAAAGCGAAGAAAGCGAAGAAGAAGAAGAAGAAGAAAAAGAAGAAGCCAGGAAGACAAGCAGGAAGAAGGAGGCAGGGCAAGGGGAGGGCCAGAGGAGGGCGGGAGAAGCGCUUUUAG